AUGAGCAAAAGCAGGGAGCACAGUGCCUCUGGAAAAGCAGGCCACAUAAUUUUCUCAGUCUCGCCUAGAAAAAGAUCUGAGGUAAUAAACCUUAAGCUCUCCUGUUCAGCUCACAAGAGAGUCUGUGUUGUUCUUCUCACUGUUCCCAACAGAGCGACAGCACUGCAAGCCGAGCUAGCGCAGGCCAAGCUGGAGGUGGCUGAGGUGCCGUCACUGCGGGAGCAGUUGGCAGAACGGGACCGGGCCAUUCAGCGGCUGCAGGCUGAGGCAGCAGAGGCGGGGGCACAGCUGGCAGGGCUGCAACAGACCAAUGCUCAGCUGGCUGAGGAGAACCAGGGGCUCAGCAAGAGCCACAGCCAAGGGCAGCAGCAACUUGAGGCAGAACUAGGCCAGGCCAGGGAGCGGCACAUGCAGGAGCUGGAGCAGCUGCCAGCGUCUGAGAAGCUGGUGACCAGCAGCAGGCAGGAGGCUAAGGAAGCAGUACAGAAGCUGGAGGAUAUGAGUAAGGAGUAUGAGAGCAGCAAAGCAGCAGCUCUGGAAGAGAAGAAGCAGCUCCUGGAAGAGAAGCAAAGACUGACAACUCAGGUCAGUCACACAAGGACCAACAACCCUGAGGUUUCCCCAGUGCCUGCAUUGCUGGCUCUGCCCUGGCCCCCACCUGCACCCCCUUACUUCUCCCUGAACCCCCAGGGCUCAGGAGCACUAAGGGGUGUUAUUGGUAGCUCCUCACAGAGGACACCAAUUGAUGGUGGACACACAACUGAUGGAAACAUCAGUCCCUUAUUAUCUUAAAACCUCUUACAUCAUCUCUCUGUAAACUUCCCAUGGGCAGCUCCACACAACACCAACUGCUUGUCUUGCUCCUUCUACUGCCCAUGACUGGCCACACCACUCUUAUAACACCCAUCCUUAUGGGACAUAGCUGUGACCUGUUAAGGGCAAGGCUGCUUCCACUCUUAGGUAGUUAAUACAGAUGCAAUUCGUUAGUGGUGAAAUUUGCCUGCGGCACUAUCUCUAUUCUCUUACAAUCUAUUGAGGAGGAACAGGUGGGACCACCCACAUGACUGCCUUGAAUAUCCCACAGACAACUGUGGGAGUGCCCUGGGCAUGACAAGGUCCCCUUGCCCUUCCUGCACCCAUCAUCACCCUAAACCCUUCCAGAACCCAAGGCAAGGGGAUGCACAGAGGUUGAGAGCUAAAAACACAGAGGGAUGCAGGGGCUGGCACUUUCUACUUGUAAAUAAAGUGUAUUUUUCAACUGC